ACGAGAGCGACGAUCGACAGGCGAAAGCGACGAUCGACAGACGAGAGCGCUUCUGGACGCUGAAAAGUCCACUCGACAAGCUCAAGUACGCAACGCUAGCCACCCCAGUCGCGCCUCUCCUUCAUUUUACCAUGGAUGCCGCAAAGGCUCUCUCAACGCUCAUCUCCAAGUUCCUUUUGGACGACUCCGAGGCGCCGUCGCAUCUGGCAUUCAUCUCCGAUAUCCUCCGGAGCAAUCGAUACAUCGAAGUUGUCGACCAGGCCAUCGCUCGUCCCGAAUAUUCUGGCAGUGUCCCGGCCUUGAGCAGUGCUCUCCAAAAAUGGGCAACGAGAAUUAGCUCCCUCCUGCAAAGCAAGGACGAGGCGGUGCGAUGGGUCGCCAUCGGCUUGAUCCGGCUUUCGAUUGCCCAGUCCCCUUCGCUCUUCAAGCAGUCGGUCGCGUCGUGGUGCAAUAUCAUCAUGUCCCAUAUCUCUAGACCUCAAAAGGAUGUCAUACUAUUUGAGUCGCUCGCCCUGCUGCUUGAUCUUGUGGAGCGAACCUGGAGAUUCCCCGAUCUGGUCCGCGACACCUCAGCGCCAUAUCUUCACAAACUCAUCCCGGUCGUCAUUGCGAAUUUGGACAAGAGUAGCGAGUGCUUCACUGCGAUUUCCAAGAAUCUCACCCGCGCAAUCGAUGCCUUUCCAACGGCAUUCCGCGGACACAUUGAAAAGCUCGAGUCGGCUUGCCUUCGAGUGCUGCUUCCUACAGAACAAGUGACGCUGCCGAGCGAUUUUGUCGAGGCCGCAUCGAAUAUUCUGCUCGCUGUUGGAUCGCUCGGGUUACAGAAGGGUGACCACGAAGAUGCACACAUGCGCUUGCAAAUGAAACUCAUCGGCACGACGCAUUCCCUGUUGGACCGCGCCUUUAGCUGCAUCGACGAAGAGGAAUACGCCAAGAUUUCGUAUCCAUCCUUCCAUAUCCCCGCACUCGAGACAGCACGGGAUGAAUCUCGACUGCUCAUUUUGACCGCAUGGGUCCGCACGAUUCUGGAAUGUCUAUCCAGAAGCCUAUGCAUGGCACGGUCUGGUGUCCAGUCGCUUCAGUCCCGCCCGUAUCUGAAUCUCAUUUCGCGAAUCAUGAAUGUGUCGCGCGGCGCUUUGCCAUCGCAGGGCAGUUUGACCAUCGAGUUUGAGUCACUUCUCAUGGCUAUGGCUUCAAUUCAUGAGGUCACCAUGGAUCUACUCGUGAAUCUCGUGACGAGGUUCCGUGCUCACUUGCUGCGCGAUGCAGCCUCGAUCUGGUCGGCCUGUGCCAAGUGCCUCUCAAUUUCCGAGCACUCGACCACGCUCCGCAUUCGAGCCUUCCACGCGGUUCGAAGGUGUGCCCAGAUCCUCGGGCCCCAUUUUGUGUCGCUGAGUAUCGAUCACACUAUAGUUGAAGCAUUGAAGUCUCUUGAGCAACGUGGUGCAUCGCAAACAGUCAAUCUUGAAGUUCAGCAGUCCAAAAAGUCCAAGGGCCACGACUCUCAAAACCACGGCCUCCCAAGCGACAAUAGGCCGUGGGAACUAAAGACCGCUGCUGUCCAGGCCAUCGAUGCGAUUGUCAGCUCAUCGCGUACCGUCGAGCCAAAGUUCCAGUAUCGUAUAACUCGCGCUCUACUUUCGACGCUCAUGACCUCGAGUGUCCCUACCUAUCACUGCGAUUCCUACGACACCUUCAAGCUAUCGUUGUAUACGUGUCUGCUGGAUACGCUGCUCAGCAGCUCUGCUACACACUCCGUCGCCCUGGCUCCGGCCAUCCAGCUGUUCUCGCUCGGACUGUCCGACAUCAAUCCUGAGAUCCGGGAGCUCUGCAUUCGUGCCUUGAAUAUCACCGACUUGAUUCAGCACGCGCGUCUGCCCCCCAUCCAACGACAGACUCAUGCCAAAGAUGCGCACCUCCCACUCGACGAAAGCGCCAAAGAUGCGCUGCAUCUGGAGCAGUCCACGAAUAAAGCUGGCACCUCGGCUCCGCUCGCGAGCUCGGGUCCCGAGGGCCGCUUUGAAGCGCCAUCGAAGCGACCCAAUGAGAGCUUGAUCUCUGUACACGAGCCCAAGAAAAUCAAGCCAUCCUUCACGGAGUCGAUGCGCACUCAAAUCGCAGCUCAUUCGGAGUCGAAGGUGACUUACAGCCCGGCAUUGCCCCUGGAGGCCAAAGAACCCGUACCUGCCCAGUCAGUUGAUAGACCGCAAGUCGCUAUCCACAACUCUGCUCCCCCGCAGCCAUCUGCUGAUCCCUCUCCGCUCGGAGGGGCCGCCAGCACUGAGGGCAGCCAUUUCACAAGCAGCCGUACGAUCGAGGCCGAAGGUGAUGGUAAUGAUGAAGAUGAGUACGACUUUCCCUCCAUCAACAUGGAUGGGGACGAUGAGAGCGACGAGGAAGAAAGCGAAGAGAACGAGGAAGACGAGUAACAUACCAACACCCGUGAGGAAAUGGGUUGCUUACAAGUAUCCACAGCUCGCCCAAGCCAAAGAACAUGCGCCUGGACCCUCAACAUCGACGCUGUCAUCGACGCUGUCGCCGGUGAUCGGGACGAGUUGUUCGGGGCGAUCAGGUCUUGACAAUACACGACGAUGACGAUGGCUGA